AUGAGUUUCAUCCACAAGGUCUUGAAUGUUUUGCUCCGUGGACUCGUCAUCUCUGCGGUACUGGGCUCGGAGUGCACUUACUCCAAUGAUCUACCCGGACACGAGUCUGAUGCUGCGAAUGUAGCCACCACAGACCCCUGUCUCACAGUGAUGCCGCCAUGCAUGGGCGAGGCCGACCGCUUCAGUCUGGAGGCUCUGCGGCACAUCCACAAACAGCUGGACGACGACAAUGACGGGGGAAUAGAGGUCAACGAGAGUGUGGAGUUUAUAAUAGAAGACAUGAAGCAGCAGCAAACCAACAAACACAGCAACCUGCACCGUGAAGACCAGCACAUCACUGUGGAGGAGCUGUGGAAGAGCUGGAAGACCUCUGAAGUCCACAACUGGACCGUGGACGAUUCGGUGCACUGGCUGAAGGAGUCUGUGGAGCUGCCGCAGUAUGAGAGGAACUUCCGGGACUUCCGAGUUACCGGGAACACUUUACCUCGAAUAGCGGCAAAUGAACCGUCGUUUAUGUCGAUGCAGUUGAAGAUAUUAGACCAGCGGCAUAAACAAAAAUUAAACCUAAAGGCACUAGAUGCAGUGCUUUUUGGCCCUCCUCUCCGGCAACAACAUAACUGGAUGAAAGACUUUAUCCUGAUGGUUUCCAUAGUGAUUGGUGUCGGGGGCUGCUGGUUUGCCUAUGUGCAAAACAAGUCGAGCAAGGUGCACAUCUCUCAGAUGAUGAGGGAUCUGGAGAGCCUGCAAAAUGCAGAGCAAAGCCUCUUAGACCUGCAGAGCCGGCUGGAAAAGGCUCAGGAGGAGAACCGGACGGUGGCGGUGGAGAAGCAGAACCUCGAGCAGAAGAUGAGGGAUGAGAUCAACGGGGCCAAAACAGAGGCUCACAGGCUUCGAGAGCUCCGAGAGGGCGCUGAGUGUGAGCUCAGCCGGCUCAAAUACGCUGAGGAGGAGCUAGUACAGGUGCGUAAGGCCCUGAAGCGAGCAGAGAAGGAGAUGCAUUCAGAGCGGUCGGUGCCUGAAGCUCUCCAGAAGUGGCUCCAGCUCACACACGAGGUGGAGGUUCAAUACUACAACAUCAAGAAACAGAGUGCUGAGUUUCAGCUGUGCGUCGCCAAAGAAGAGGCAGAGAAAAUAAAGAAAAAAAGAAGUUCUGUGUUUGGAACCCUUCAUGUAGCCCACAGUUCAUCACUGGAUGAGGUGGACCACAAGAUACUAGAAGCAAAGAAAGCCUUGUCAGAGGUAACAGCGUGCCUGAGGGAGCGGCUGCACCGCUGGCAGCAGAUUGAGAAGCUUUGCAACUUCCCCGUAGUCAAUAACUCGGGUCUGCCGAGCCUGACGGCCAGCCUCUACUCAGACCACAGCUGGGUGGUGAUGCCCCGGGUUUCGGUGCCCCCUUACCCCAUCGCAGGAGGAGUGGAUGACCUGGACGAGGACACGCCUCCCAUCAUUCCACAGUUCACAACGGCCACGUUGAUCCGGCCCUCGCUGACCCGCAGCAGCAGCCUGUGUCGUUCCCGCCGGAGCCUGCUGAGCUCUCCGCAGUCCUCGCUGAUGUCUCCAGACCCCGACCUGCUGUCCAUGGCCAGCUCGUCCCUCUCCUAUCGCGCCGAGGCAGACGACGAACAUAUCAUGUUCAGCUCGGAUAGGAGGGGGUAUGUAGCGGUGGCCGGAACGCCGCGGAAUGGUUUUACAGUUUGGACUCACAGGGAACCGGCUCAGGAGGGCAGCUCCGACACAGACUCUAUCAACUCUUCCUUGGGCCGCAAGCAGCUGCAGCACAACCCCUGCACACAGGGCUCGGACACCCCGUACCGCAGGAUCUCCCGUGAGGAGAUGCUGCUGUUUACCCAGAGUGCCGAGGUUCCUGCGUCCACCCUCGCCACCUCCACCAGCAGCAGCAGCGGCGGCAGUCUCAGGGACUCCACACCCCCUCCUUUCCCUCCCACCCCGGCCACCACCCCCUCCAGCCCGCCCUCCACCUCACCUUCCCCAGCCAUGGAGCAUCACUCGUUUGCACACAAAGGCUCGCCCGACCUCACCCGCACUAUACCCGAGUCCCAAAGUGUGACAUUCUCACAGGGGCACGUCACCUCUCCGACAGGCAAGGGCAUGUACAACGGCAUCCUGGAGAAGUCCUACAGCUUCGGCCAGCUGCCCGCGAGCAUGCUACCCAACGUGGGGCGUAACCCGUCUCUUACCUCCCUGGACUCGGAGGGUCGGAGUGUGGGAAGGGAACACAAGCUCCAGAGCACCUCCUCCCAGGACUCCAGCGACAAUGGGGAGAAAUUGAAGCGCUCCUCCUCUAAAAUCAAAAGCUUAUUUAAGAAGAAAAAAUAAAACUUGCAGAGUGAGGUAGUGUUUGAGAGAGAGAAAUAAAAUAUAAAAGAGUUGUUAUAGCCCUAAUACUAAAAAAUGGACAUCACUGUAAAGCGAAAACAUUUCAUUUCCUCUCGUAUUCUCUUCUUUUUGUCAUCAAAGAUGGAAUGUAGCUCAGUCUGGGUGCCUUUAAACUCCUCAGAUUGGUAGCCUUAUUUUUCAAUAAUGCCUUUUUAUUUAGUUCACUCAUAGCCUCACAGGGAAACCUGCAAGGGUCAAGGAAAGGUCAAAGGUCAUGGUAGUUGUCAUCCAGACAGCCAAAAAGCAUGACCUGUCAGUCGCCUUCUAUUCGUUUUGGUUUAAACCAAAAAGUUACAAUAUGUAAGGGUCUGAAGGUGCAGUCCAUAAACGUGCAUUGUUUAGUACAGAAUGAUGUUUACUGUUCCUUCAGUAGUGACAGCAUUACAUGCAUAUCACCACGAAAAAACAGGUCACAAGAAUUCUUAAAAACAUUUUCCUUCUAUAGUGUCCUAAUUACUCCUCGCCGUUCAAAUAAUGGAUUGCAUCUUAUGAAGUGUUCGAGUCCUAAACUCAUGUACUUGAUAAAUUUCCUUUCAGAAAAAAAAAA